AUGCCUACGGUCAAAGCUGUUAAGGAUUCGAAGAAUCCUUCGUUGAAGUAUUUAAUAGUCAAAUUAAAAGAGAUCCAGUCGUCCUUUUCUGAUGUGUGGGAAUUUGUGGAAACGUUUCAAGAGGAUGCUACUCAUGCGCAGAUUUCGGUUCGACUUUCAGCGAUUGAUGAUUUAUGGGAAAGGUUUGGUGAAGUGUUAAUUGAUAUAAAAUCACAUGAAGAUUUUGGAGCGGAUGUAGAACUUUAUGAUAAGGAGCGAAAAGAGCUCAGUGACCGGUAUUACUUUGCAAAAUCGUUUCUGAUGGAUAAGGCUAAGGCUCGUUUGGAGUUUUCUGAUUUUGAUCAAUCCGUUCGUGCAGGCGAAACUAAUAAUCGCGGUGGUUUCGAUCACGUUAGGCUGCCACAGAUCAAACUGCAGUCUUUCAAUGGAAAUAUUGACGAAUGGCUUGGGUUUCGCGAUCUCUACAUCUCACUUAUCCAUUGUAAACCUGAUUUGCCAGAGGUAGAAAAAUUCCACUACUUGAAAGGUUGUCUCCAAGGUGAACCAAAAUCGUUGAUUGAUCCUCUACAAAUCACAAGAGCUAAUUACGUAGUUGCAUGGGAUAUUCUUUUAAAGCGGUACAACAACAGCAAACAACUGAAAAAGAGGCAGGUACAAUCGCUUUUCAAGUUGUCUUCGGUGAGCAAAGAGUCCGUUAAUGAUCUUCUUCAACUAUUAGAAGGGUUCGAGAGAAUAGUUAACACUUUGGAUCAGGUAUUAGAAGCAAAGGAUUACAAGGAUCUUCUUUUGGUGAACUAUCUCGUGUCUCUCCUUGAUCCAGUAACUCGUAGAAGUUGGGAAGAAGAAUCCGCCUCCAAGGAAGAAGAUACUUUAUCCGAUUUAACAGAUUUUCUGCACAGGCGGGUUCGAGUUUUGGAAGCUCUUCCACCAAGGUUGAAUGAUACUAAGGGUGCACCUCCACAAAUGUCAACUAAACAGAGAGUCAGUGUCAGAACAUUUCAUAAUAAUGUGAAUAUGAAUGGGUCUAAAUGUUUUGCUUGUAAUGGUCAGCAUCCCUUGCAUCAGUGUCAGAAAUUUUUGAAAUUGUCUGUGUCAGAAAGGGAUUCGGUUUUGAGAAAUCACUCUUUAUGUCGGAACUGUUUCAGAACAUCUCAUAUGGCUCGAGAUUGUCAGUCAAAGUUUUCGUGUCGGAAUUGUGGAGGUCGCCAUCAUACUCUGGUGUGUUUUAAGGGUAAAAACGGAGAAAUUUCGGAAUCUUCAAGGUCAGGUGAAACCAAUGGCACUUCUAAGAGAGGAGAAACAUCUUGUCAGGUUUCUAACACAGCUUUAUCAUCAUGCGUGACAUCGGGUGUCGGGCGCAAGGCUAAUUGUCGGGUUCUUUUAGCAACUGCCGUGGUUCUCUUAGAAGAUGAAAUGGGAAAUAGAUAUCCAGCUCGAGCGCUGCUCGAUUCGGGAUCAGAAAGCAAUUUCAUGUCGGAAAGAUUGAGUCAGCGUUUGAAGAUGAGUCGGAAAAGGGUAGAUGUUGCGAUACUUGGUAUUGGUCGGACAUCUACCAGGGUUAAACACAAGGUUCAAGCAGUGGUGCGAUCAAGGGUGAACAGUUACGUUAAGGAAAUGGAAUUCCUGGUUCUACCCAAGGUAACGGUCGAUCUGCCAACUGCUACGGUUUCAACGGAUGAAUGGUCAUUCCCAAAUGGUAUUGAGUUAGCGGAUCCAUCAUUUUUUGAGUCGAAGGUGGUGGAUUUGGUGUUAGGUAUUGAGUCGUUCUUUGACUUCUUCGAAACGGGAAAACGGAUUUCCAUCGGAGACCAAUUGCCUACACUAACAGAGUCAGUUUUCGGUUGGGUUGUUUCUGGAGGUUUAUCGCAAGAGACUUCAGCACGGAUUGUUUGCACUGUUUCAACGACAGAGUCUCUUGAUACUCUUGUCGCUCGGUUCUGGGCUUGUGAGGAGCUAGGUUCGGAAAACCUUUACUCACGAGAGGAAAAGCGUUGCGAGGAAAUUUUCCAGAAAACGGUACAGAGAGACGGCGAUGGAAGGUACACAGUCUCUCUUCCUAAGAACGAAGAGGUUUUCCCCAACUUAGGCGAUUCGAGGGAAAUAGCCUUACGGCGCUUGGGCGCAACCGAGCGCAGACUAGCUAGGAGUCCGGAAUUGCGUGAGCUAUAUACCAAGUUCAUGGACGAAUAUAUACAGCUAGGGCACAUGAGAGAAGUAAAUGAAACGUCAAAUACUAAACGCUGUUUUUUGCCACAUCAUCCGGUCGAGAAGGAGAGUAGUACGACUACUAAGUUGCGUGUAGUAUUCGACGCCUCGUGUAAAACUACAACUGGUAUUUCAUUAAACGAUGGGUUAUUAACAGGUCCGGUUAUCCAGGAUGAUCUUAGGGCGAUAAUACUCCGCUGUCGAAUGUGUCAGAUCAUGGUCGUGGCUGACGUCGAGAAAAUGUUUCGACAAAUCAACGUAGCAAAGGAAGAUCGCCCACUUCAGUCUAUUCUAUGGAGGAAUUCACCAUCGGAACCAGUAAAGACUUUCGAACUGAACACGGUAACGUACGGUACUAAACCAGCUCCGUUUUUAGCUACUCGUACUCUAAAGCAGUUGGCGUUAGACGAAGCAGAGAGAUAUCCCCUGGCCUCGCGGGUAUUUUCGGAAGAUACAUAUAUGGACGAUGUUGUAUCUGGUGCAGACGAUGCAAACGCAGCACUCAAACUGAGAAUUCAGUUAGAUAAAGCUGCAAAAGCUGGAGGAUUUCGGUUACGAAAAUUCGCAUCAAAUUGUGCAGAAGUCCUGCAAGGGCUUCCACAAGACAGUGUAGCUAUUGAAGAGUCUUCAGAUGGAUCGGAGAUAGAUCCUUCGAUGAAGAUACUUGGGCUCACAUGGAUACCGAAAUCUGAUGUCUUCAAGUACAACUUCAACAUUCCUGAAAUUCCAAAAUCCUCGGUUUUAACAAAACGCAAGGUGCUGUCGGUAAUAGCUACGCUUUUCGAUCCGUUGGGACUUCUUGGUGCUGCAAUAACAACUGCUAAAAUAUUUAUGCAGCAAUUGUGGACGUUAAGGAAUAGCGACGACCAAAGAUUGGACUGGGAUCAGCCAUUGCCUCCAACGGUGGGUGAGGAUUGGCUGAAAUACUACGAACAACUGGUUUCUCUCAACAACAUUCGUAUCAAACGGUGCAACAUAAUCCCAGGAGCCAUCUACAAGGAAAUCCACUGUUUUUCGGACGCUUCGGAGAAGGCGUAUGGUGGCUGCGUCUAUUUGAAAAGCGUUAACCCAAAUGGAGAGGUUGAGAUUUGUUUGUUGUCUGCCAAAUCGAGGGUAUCUCCGCUAGCAAGUCAGUCAAUUCCACGUUUAGAAUUGUGUGGGGCAUUACUAACUGCCGAACUUUUCAAAUUUGUUCAAGAAUCCAUGAAGUUUGAAUGUCCAGUUUACUUCUGGACAGAUUCCACAUGCGUGUGGCGAUGGUUACAGGCUGUUCCAUCUACCUGGACUACUUAUGUGGCAAAUCGAGUUGCCAAAAUACAAAAGCUCACAGAGGGAUGUGAAUGGAGGCAUGUCCCUGGCGUCGACAACCCAUCAGAUCUGAUUUCUCGCGGCAUUCCUCCCGCCGAAAUAGGUAAUUCUCGUUUAUGGUGGGAAGGUCCGUCCUGGUUAGCACUUGAAAAGGAAAACUGGCCAGAACUUCCAGAUAAUCACUUAACGGAGAUUGGCGAAGAGGAAAAGCGCCGAACAACAGUAACAGUAUUGGCCACAAACACUUCCAAGCAUGAGUCAGAUUUCAAUUGUUGGUAUUUUAGUUUGUAUUCGGAUUACACUAAAAUGGUCAGAUGUACGGCUUACUUGUUAAGAUUUAUGAAGCUUUUAAGGUCAAAGCGUCAGGUCAAAUUUCAACCUUUCCUACAAACAGCUGAGAUGGAUGAAGCUGAAAGAGUUUUAGCGAUGUGUGUUCAAAAAGAGUGUUUUGCUGAGGAAUUAAAGGCUCUUUCUAAGGGCGAUUUUGUGUCAAGGCAAUCGAAACUAAGGUGGUUCAAUCCCAAAAUAUCCCCCGAUGGUUUGUUGAGAAUUGGUGGUAGAUUGAGCAAUUCGUCCGAGUCAGAAGCGGCAAAACAUCCGAUAGUCUUACCAGCCCGUCACGAUCUUACUCGACUAAUCCUAGAACACUAUCACGGCCGAUUAUUGCACGCAGGUCCUCAGUUGCUUUUAGCUACGGUUAGGUUAAGGUUUUGGCCUCUGGGUGGAAGAAGCGUAGCUCGUCAGGUUAUUCAAAAAUGUCACACAUGCUUCAAGGCUCGUCCCACACCAAUUCAGCAGUUCAUGGCAGAACUGCCGGCUUCACGCGUAACGGUAUCGCGUGCAUUUUGUAAGACAGGAGUGGAUUAUUUCGGUCCAAUAUACAUCCGCCCGGCUCCUAGACGCCCAGUAGUAAAGGCAUACGUUGCUAUUUUUGUGUGCAUGUCAACUAAAGCAGUACAUCUUGAGCUUGUGUCAGAUCUAUCCACAGAACGGUUCGUACAGGCCUUGCGCAGGUUUGUCGGAAGAAGAGGAAAAUGCUCAGAGAUAUUUUCAGACAACGGUACGAACUUUGUGGGAGCCAGAAAUCAAAUGUCGGAAUUGUUUAGUCUGUUGAAGAGUCAGAAUCAUAGAGAAAAGGUUUACAAGGAAUGUGGUAGCGAUGGAAUCAAGUGGCAUUUCAAUCCCCCUAGUGCCCCACAUUUUGGAGGUUUGUGGGAGGCAGCGGUGCGUUCCGCAAAAAGGCAUAUUUUGAGGGUUAUCGGGGAAAACCCUGUGAGUACGGAAGAUUUCACGACGCUUCUGGUUCAGGUCGAAGCUUGUUUGAAUUCGCGGCCCAUUACACCACUUUCGAACGAUCCUAAUGAUCUAGAACCUUUGACACCGGGUCAUUUUAUAAUCGGAGAGUCCUUACAGUCCAUGCCAGAUAAAUCCUACGAACAAACACCAGAUAACAGGCUUAAUCAAAUGCAGCUGAUGCAGAAAAAUAUUCAUCUGAUUUGGAAUCGGUGGCGUAGAGAAUAUUUAUGUCUACUUCAAGCUAGAACAAAAAGAUGGAAACCCUCUGUGUCUAUUGAUAUUGGUAGUCUAGUCAUCAUUAAGGAUGAAAAUGUUCCUCCCUGUAGAUGGAAAAUGGGCAGAGUUGUUGAGCUUCACCCCGGACAUGAUGGUAUAACCCGGGUUGUUACGCUGAAAACGGAGUCAGGGUUGAAAAAGCGACCGGUUGAAAAGUUGUGUCUGCUACCAAUGCCAGACUCCAGUGAAAAUACAGAUCAGAAUGCGGCUGAAAAACAUAAUGAUUGA